AUGGGUUCCUCUGAUUCCAAACUUCAAUUCAAGACCAUGUUCUCCAAGUUGGGUGAAAACUAUAUAAAACACAAUGAUCAUAAUUUUUGGAAAAUGUUGUUCAUUCAGCCUCUUUCCAUUGAUGAUAUAUUUACAGUGAUUUCUCCCGAUGAUAUUCGCUCGUUAAGAAAGGUACAACCAGCAAAUCUUGGCACAAUCAUUUAUAAGUGUAUUGAGCAACUUUUUCUGUUUUCUCAACCCAAAAACUACUUCUCUGAAAGCACUAGUGCCAAAAACUCACUUCAUCUUCUCACCAGAAUUUUGCCUUUUGUUUUUGAGCAUGAUGAUGAUGGCUUUGUGAGUGAUCUGUUCUUCAAUAACGUGUUGCCAGGCUCAGCGAAUUUGCUAUCCGUUGUUGGUGGUGCAACUAGCAGCAACCAACAAGCGAUUGAGCAACAAGCUCCAUCCACGCCAUCGGAUCAAAAAAUCGAUACCCAAAAACAACAAUCCACAUCUUCCGAACAAAUUGAACUAGUGAAACAGGAAAUUGAUCAACUCAAACAAAAGGUGGAAGAAAAAUUAGAAAAUAAUAUUUCCAAUGCUCCCACUGAGCCUGUUACAAAAGAAGAUGAGCCUCCAGUAGUGGAGCCAGUUAAGGAAGCUCCUAAAGUUGAGGAACCUAAAGAAACACCAAAACAACCUGUUGAGUCAAGUUCAGGUAAAAAGAAGAAGAAAAAGAACAAGAAAAAGAAAGGAGGAAAAGAAGAGGAAAAGGCUGUCGCCGAAACAUCUGUUUCCUCAACAGUCGAAUCGAAUACUGAAGAACAAUCAGAGACUACCAAUGAGGAUGCUUCCACUGAGGUGUCAUCGGAGUCUCCUGCGACUGCUGCUGUUGAUGAGCAAUCAACGACCUCUACAAUUCCUCAACAAGAAACAGUAACCCAAGAAGAAGAAAAAGUGGAAGAAAAGUCAGUUGAACAGGCUCAAUCUGUGGAGUCAACUAAUACAGCCUCCGUACCACAAACUGUACCUGAUGAGAAAAAGCCAUUGCCAAUUUUGAAAAUUGCAGACGUGAAUUUGACUACUUCACUUGCUGAAGUAAUGUUGCAAACAUUAAUGAGAUGCUUAUUCCUCCCUGAUUUCACAGUUCCUUUAGGACAAUUCAACGAAGAUAACUACAUUUCAUUGAAAUCAGAUUCCUUGGAUGAAAAUGUUUUAUGGCAAGUUGGUAUGGGAGUUCCUCUUUCUAAAGGCCUUCGUUCAGCAUCUUGGGAGCAAAUGGAAAACAGAAAUGAUAUUUUAAGAUGCUUAUUAACAUGUUUCUCAAGUGUUCUAUAUUGUGAUGCUGAGACAUGCAGUGAAUUUGAUAACAAGUUCCUAUCAUUAGCAGUCUCUGAUAGAAUGCCACACGUUCAUAACUUGGUGUAUUCUCUGUUGAAUUUUGUUACUGCAUAUGAUCCAAGAGGCUCACUUCCAUAUUCUUCCCAACUUUUCACUGACCACUAUACUCAGUACAUUGAAACAUCAUUGCAUGUUUUGUCUGUGUUGUUACAACACAAACCAAAAGGACAUGCUAAUGUUUAUCAUACAUUCUUCCAACAAUUUAGAAACACAUUAGAUAUGACUCACUUAUAUAGCAAGAUGACAUUACUUCUCAGAAAUGUUGUUGAUUCUCACAACACCUAUCUACCUAGCUCACAAAAACUGAUCGAAUUCUAUGAGGAAGUCUUGCUUCUUUUGUGGCUAAUCCUUGGAGAAGCUCCUAUUUUCAGAACAUUUGUAUGCAAGGAACUUAACAUCACUGAGUUACUUAUUCCACUUCUUUUUAUUAUUCAACUUCAUUGCAAACAGGUCACAAAGUUUCCAAUUGUACAAUUGGCUUCUUUUACAAUUUUAUUAUUAAGUGGAAACAGAGAAUUCGGAGUUGCUCUCAAUCAUCCAUACAAAAUUUCAACACCUUUGGAUGUACCUGUUUUUGAAGGCAAUUUUGCUGAUUUACUCAUUUUGUUCUUCAAUAAGGUUAUGGUCAGUGAUAAGGGAAUCAUUCGUGGUUUGUAUGAUUGCAUGCUGACAAUUAUUGCAAAUAUUUCUCCUUACACAAAGUCAUUAAGCAUGCUCUCCAGCGUCAAAUUGUUGAACUUAUUUGAGGCAUUUGCAUCUCCAAGAUUCCUUUACUCGAGUGAAAAGAAUCACCAAUUCGUUUCUCUUUUACUUGAAGUUUUUAACAACAUUAUUCAAUAUCAAUAUGAAGGCAAUGUCCAUGUCAUUUACUCCAUUUUGAGAAGAGGAAAAUUAUUCAAGGAUCUCACUCAAGAGCCAGAUUUAGAACCAAUCAAAGCAGCAAUUAUGAAGAAACAUGAAGGCAAACAAGGAGCUGAACAACCAUUCAUACCAACUCACGAAUGGGUGCAAUCAUGGAGACCAAAGCUUCCACUCUACACAAUCACGACUCUUAUUGACACUCUUACUCCAGACGUCGAAAAGAUCUGCUCGCAAGAAUAUGCCACUGAAGAGGAUGUGAUCGUCUAUCUCAAAAACACAACCCUUGUUGGUUUGUUGCCAGUGCCUCAUACCAUCAUAAUCAGAACAUUCCAAGGAAAUUCGAAAAUUGAUACGUUCAUAAUCACGUUUAUUUGGGGAUGUAUUUAUGUGAAGAUGAGUACACGUGUUCCUUGGGUUGAUGCAAAGGCUAUCAAACUAUUCAGAAUUAAUACUGUUCCUGUUCAAUAA